AUGGACCCCGAGGUGGAGUUCCAGGAGUUUAUGGGCUUCGGGACCUCUUUCACGGAGUCUUCGGCCUCCACAUUCAAGAAGAUGGGCUCUGCUGGCCAGGAGCGGAUCAUAGACGCCUACUUCGACAAGCAGACUGGUCUCGGCUUCAACCUCGGCCGUCUGCACAUGAACUCCUGCGAUUUCUCGGACGGCAACUGGAGCUGCUGCGACAAGGAGGGCGACCUCGCAGAGUUCUGCGUCGACCGCUAUGAGGAUGCUAUUUUACCACUGGUGAGGCGCGGGGCCAAAGCGGCGAAGAGUGCUUUGACGCUCUUCGCGAGUCCCUGGAGCCCUCCUGCUUGGAUGAAGGACAACUCAUCAAUGUGUGCCGGCGGCAAGUUGAAAGCCGACUGCCGUGAGGCCUGGGCCAAGUUCUACGUGCGCUUUGCGGAGGAGUUGAAGGCCAAGGGCGUGGCCUUGUGGGGCUUCUCGGUGCAGAACGAGCCUGACGGCCAAACCCCCUGGGAGAACUGCCUGUACAGCCCGGCUGAGGAGCGGGAUUUCAUCCGAGACCACUUGGGCCCUGCGCUCGCGAACUGCGGUCAGGAUCUCAAGCUGAUCGCUUGGGACCACAACCGGGACGACCUGUUCCAGCGGGCGCACACCAUCUACGCAGACCCCGAGGCGGCCAAAUACGUUUGGGGCAUGGGCUGGCACUGGUAUGGGGAUCCGCGCUACGAGUGGUGGGCAGAUGCAGCGGGACAGGUCUGCUUUGAGAAUGUGCGGAAGGUGCACGAGCUUCGACCCGAGAAGCAUUUGAUGGUUACAGAAACCUGUCAAGAGGGGGGAGCCCAUCUUGGCGACUGGUCACUGGCGGAGCGUUAUGCUGAAGGCAUCAUCAAGGACUUUAACAACUGGUGCGAAGCUUGGGUGGAUUGGAACAUGCUGCUGACCCACGAGGGGGGGCCCAACCACGUGGGGAACUUGUGCUCCGCGCCGGUUCUGGCGGACCUGCAGAAGGACAAGGUGAUCUUUCAGCCGUCCUACUACGCCUUCGGCCACUUCUCCAGGCACAUCAAGCCCGGGGCGCGGCGGAUCCUGAGCGCCAGCAACCGGGACUGCAUCGAGGCCACGGCAUUCGCCAACCCCGACGGCAUCUUGGUGGCCGUGGUGUUGAACCAGUCCCGGCACCACAAGGAUGUGUGCAUCCAGCUGGCCGGCAGAGUGUGUCGCUGCCCCGUGCUCCCGCACUCCAUCACCACCUUGAGCUUCAAGCUGUCGGCUUCAGAAGAGUCUGAAGUGGGUGUGUCUUGA